CCACACGCCGGUUGUCUCGUUCUAAAAUCGAACCGAAUGACACUUCGAAGAUGUUUCUCAGAAACUUUUUUAAGAAAACGCCGAAAACAACACCACGUAAAGUCGUCAACAAUUCAUUCGGAAAUUACGAGGUUGUCGAGCCGUGGCAAGUGACUGAGAUUAAAGAAGUGCCAGUUUAUAUACCUAAACCUUCUUACAGCCAAUCUUUAUUACCUCGAGAUGGACCGAAAAAGCCCGAAAUCAAAGAUAAGAAUCAGAUACAGAGUAUGAGAGAUAGUUGCAAUUUUGCCAAACGACUGUUAACUCAUGUUAAACCGUACGUAAAGCCUGGUGUGACUACAGACGAACUCGACACUGUAGUCCAUGAAAUGAUCGUAAGCAAUGGAGCUUAUCCUAGUCCUCUUAAUUACAAAGGAUUUCCAAAGUCUAUAUGUACCAGCAUCAAUAAUGUUGCGUGCCAUGGAAUUCCAGAUAAAAGACCACUAGUCAAAGGAGAUAUACUCAACAUCGAUGUAACAGUGUUUUACCAUGGUUAUCAUGGAGAUUGUUCAAAAAUGUUCGAGGUAGGAGAUUGUGAUAACGAAGCUAAGCGAUUAAUGAAUAUUACUGAGCUGUGCUUAAGGAAAGCUAUAGAAAUCUGUAAACCAAAUGAAAAUUUCUCCAGUAUAGGGUACAUCAUCGAAGAAACGGCGAAUAAGAAUGGAUAUUCUAUAGUCCCAGUGUUUGCUGGCCACGGUAUAGGUACUUAUUUUCAUGGACCACCAGACAUCUUUCAUUUCGCGAAUGAUCUUCCUGGCAAAAUGUUACCUGGAAUGACGUUCACCAUUGAACCAGUUCUAACUCAAGGUGCGGAAGAUGUUAAAAUUUUAGAAGACGGAUGGACAGCUGUUACAGUGGACAACGCGCGAACUGCACAAUGUGAACAUACUAUUUUAAUUACUGACACCGGCUGUGAUGUAUUAACUCAAUAAUCUUUGAAAAUUACAUAGACUCCCAUCAAUAUUUAAACACAUUUCAAAACAGAAUAGCUUUUUUAAUAUCGAACCAAACCAAUUUAAUUUUAUGAGUGAUGUUAGAAGACUUAGCUUACUAUGCAACGUGUAACAAAAAAUUUAAAAGAAACUGUUCAUCAGAAUUCCCAAUACCUCAAAGAAAACGAAGUUGUUUGAUCUCAUAUUAAAAGAGUUAUUCUAUUUUAAAGCAUGUCUGAAUAUUAACGGGAGUCCCUGUAUUUCAGUUAGAAAUAAUUGAACUGAUAACCGUCCGACUUCUUUCAACCAAUUGUAGUACUGGCAAUGUAAUUUCACGUAGUACAAUUAAAUUGUGUGUUAUUUUA